UGUUUAUCAUAAAGAGAAAUUAGGCACUAUAAUGUAAUACAAAAAAGAAAUUGGACACUAGAAACUUUCCUUCUGGUUAAUGGGUAUCCAUCAAUCAUGAAAAAUUCAUUAACUAAUGAUUGAGAAAAGAUAUUUUCUUUUACAAACUUAGAUUAUUCUUUCUUGUUUUCAGUAAUAUUCUUUUCAGUUUUUGUUGUUGCUGCUGGGUUUGCUUUAUUUUCUGGCCACUGUCCACAAGCAUAGAUUCUUUCUCCCCAUCUCUCUUUCUCUCUCUAUCUGUCUGUCUAUGUUGCAAGAGCUCUAAGGAAUGGAUGAAUGUGCUCUACUCUGGCUUGGAUUCUCUCUGCUAUCCUGCUUUUGUCCUUUUCAUUACCUCUCCUUUUCAUUGAUGCUUCUUUCUUUUUGAGUUUCUAGGCGGUUUUUGGCGCAGUGUGUAGCUGUACCUUCUUCUAACUCAUUGCAAUAGGCGGGCUGUUUAGCACAGUUACCUGAAACGCAAAGAUGAGCUAUUCCCAUUCCAAUAUGUGUUCUGGUAGCAGAACUGCUAAAAGAACACUUGAGUUCGGUAGGACACAUGUGGUGAGGCCCAAAGGAAAGCAUCAAGCCACAAUAGUCUGGCUACAUGGACUUGGGGAUAAUGGCUCAAGCGCUUCUCAACUCUUGGAGUCUCUUCCUCUUCCAAAUAUUAAGUGGAUCUGCCCCACUGCUCCUACCCGUCCUGUGGCUAUACUCGGUGGUUUUCCUUGCACUGCCUGGUUUGAAAUGGGAGAGCUUUCAGACGAUGGUCCAGAUGAUUGGGAGAGUUUAGAUGCUUCAGCAGCACAUAUUGCGAACUUGUUGUCAACUGAGCCAGCUGAUGUUAAAGUCGGUAUUGGAGGCUUUAGUAUGGGUGCUGCGAUGGCCCUUUAUUCUGCAACUUGUUAUGCUGCAGGUAGGUAUGGAAAUGGCAACCCAUACCCUCUCAAUCUGAGGGCAGUUGUUGGACUAAGUGGUUGGCUUCCAGGAGCAAGGACCUUACGGAACAAAAUUGAAGGGUCACAUGAGGCUGCAAGGCGUGCCGCAUCAUUACCCAUUUUGCAAUGUCAUGGAAAAAAUGAUGAUGUAGUCCCUUACAAAUAUGGAGAGAAAUCAGUCAACUCCUUGAAUUCAGCAGGAUUCCGAUACCUUACGUUCAAACCCCUUGAUGGGCUUGGUCAUUACACUAUCCCUAAAGAGAUGAAUGAAGUCUCCAGUUGGCUAUCUGCAAGGCUGGGGCUUGAGGGGUACCGCUCAUAAAUCUGACAGUGUCUAAUUGGAGAUAGUGAGGGAGUAGUAGCUAACAAUAAUGAGUGAGGAACGCCCAUGUACAAGUAGGUGCUAUACAAAAUGGGGCAUGGAGUAUAUGGUAUAGCUAAAUUGACCUUCUAAUUCCCUUUCGUAUUCCGUCUUUCCUGCAAAUAAAGUUUUGGGUGUGCUUUUAUGUUCCACUUGGAGGAUGUAGAGCUAGUGGUGAUUUAGUUUUGGAUGUAUUUUGUUUUGGCAUUCAUUUAUGUGAUUUUAUUAUUAAUAAUUAGUGGAGUUCUACUCU